AUUGUGGAUAGCAAGAAAGUUUGCUCAAAUGUGUUUUGCAGAAGAGAGGAUUUUCUUGAAUCUCAAGAGAUAGGGAAACUGAGGCUAAGCAGAAUCGCGGAAGACUCCAAAACUGUUGUUAAUUUUAUCUUUUGUUCAAAUCCCAUUUCGUUUCAGCAGCCUUUGUUUGGUUUGUCAGCCAAGAAAUGGCAGCGGCAUCUCCCUUGCCUAGCCGUCCUUCCCUAUCCUCCAUUUCAUUCAAGCAGCUCAAAGCACCCAGGAGGUCUGCUCGGCUCCUGGCCAAGGCUUCUUCAUCAGAGGACACACCUAUCGAUGCUAAUGAAUUGUUCACAGACCUGAAGGAAAAGUGGGAUGCUGUUGAAAACAAGUCCACAGUACUUAUUUAUGGAGGUGGUGCAGUUGUAGCAGUUUGGUUGGCCUCAGUAGUCGUUGGUGCAAUCAACUCAGUCCCUUUGCUUCCGAAGAUCAUGGAGUUGGUUGGACUUGGAUACACAGGAUGGUUUGUAUACCGAUACCUUCUUUUCAAGUCGAGUAGAAAAGAACUUGCAACAGACAUCGAAGCAAUAAAGAAGAAGAUUACUGGAACUGAAUGAAUGCAAUGCGGCCAGGCGCCAAUAAUCCUCCUGUAUUCAUCUCAACUUCCCGUCGAGCUUUACUUACACGUAUAUUCUGCAUAAGAGGCAUCUUUCUGGUGUUAAUAAUGUAGAAAAGGUCAUGUGUAUGUCUUUUACGCUUCACUUUGUUAUGCGAAUGAUGUUUCAGCAAUCUACCCGAACGGCUUCCAUUGCAUUCUGUUCAUGUUUAUAAAAUCUCACUUUUGUUUUAAGUUCUA